AUGUCGUCCGCGUUCCAGUCACCGCCCCAGACCCAAAGCCGGUCCAACCCCCGCCGGUCCCGGCACCUUGUCCGGGAGGGCUUGCUGACCCGGUUCGCCAUGUGCGUCUGCUCCGUUCUCCUCUCCCUCCUUUUCUUCGCCGGCCUCAUCGUCUUCAUCCUCUGGCUCAGCCUCCGCCCCCACCGCCCCCGCCUCUAUCUCUCCUCCUUCUCCGCCCCCGCCGUCGCCCAGCCGUCGGCCGGCCUCCUCAACUCGCCCAUCUCCUUCAACGUCACAGACCGGAACUCCAACCGGAAGAUUGGCAUCUACUACGACGUCGUCUACGGCUCGGUCUACUACAAGGAAAGGAUGGUCGCGUCCGGUCCGGUCCUGAACCCGUUCUUCCAGCCGCCCAAGAACACGACGCAGGUCGCCGGGAACCUCACCGGGACGGCGCCGGCGGCCGGGGACGCGCUGGCGGCCCAGCUGUCGGGUGAGGCGGCGGCUGGCCGGGUCGAGUUCCGGCUCGACUUGAAAUCGCUCAUCCGGUUCAAGGUGAAGACCUGGGACACGCACCACCAUACCUUGCACGUCGAGUGCGACUUGGCGGUGGGUUCCGACGGAACCCUCCUGGCUGCCUACACGAACGAGAAGUGCUCCAUCUACUUCUAG